CCCAAUCAAGAAAUCAGUCUUGGCACCCUACAUUUGGCUUGACGGAACGCCGUAAGAUCAAAAAGAGUUCCUGCAACUGCAAGAAAGCAAUGAUCUGCGUGUAUUGUGAUAAUCCUCAAGAUAAGUGCGCAUGCAGAGCACCAAUCGGAAAAUGCUCGCUCUGCGGAUUGUCGUCAGACGUCUGCGACUGUCAGAACGGCGGAGGUGACGAUUCUAGUCGCAAACGGGUCGUCGGUGAACCGUAUGAGAGCCGAACCAUUCAAGUCACCAGCUGGAAGCCGAAGAGGGAAAUCAGGCGGUAUUUCGCGAGGGAUCCCGCAGAUCUCCGCUCGGAUUCCACCGAGGAAUGCCGUUGCUGCGAGAGAUUGAAGUGGCAACGCCCCGAGGAGUUACCUUAUCAGCGACUGAACGUCUUCUCGGACGUGAUGAGCGAACUGCAGCAGAAGAUGAGCGAGUCCAUAUACUGUACGCGAUGCCGAAGGAAUCCCUGCCGCUGCGGGUCACAGGUCGAUCAAGAUGAAAGGGUGGAAGGAAGGAAAGCUAACGGUUAUGUCAGAUGCCCGGAGGUAGAGAAGUCACCUAGGAGCGAACCGUCUAGAAGUAAGUCGCCCAGAAGUAAAUCGCGUAAAAGUAAGUCACCCAGGAACACGUCGCCGAGUAAUUGCCGGUGUAACUCAAGUCCUGGGAACGAGCGUAAAAGCACCGUUAAAAAAUCGGCACCGAUUCGUCGUGUCGGCUGCGUUUGCAAACAGUCGCCAUGCGGAUGCAGGAAAGGAAGGCUUAGUCAUAGGAGACCAUUGGCGAAAUGUUAUUAUUGCAAGAAUUUGCCCUGCAUCUGUAUUAUACCGAGGUAGCCCGGUAGCCGAGGCCGUGCAGGUGCGUUGAUUCACCAGAUCGCAGCGAACGAAAGCGAAGGCAAAAAGGCGCUCACCAAUCCGAAAGUGAAGAAUACGGAAAGAAAAUGUUUAAUCAAUUGUACUUGUAAUUAGUGAUCAGUCAUACGAAUGUAAUGUUGUGCAUAGUGCGUACGGAAUUUAAAAUUCUACGAUACGUUCUACGAUUCUGCUUAUUUUAUUAGAAGUGAACCAUGAAUAUCGCUCAACAUUGAUAUUUCCGUACAAAUAGUGAUGUUAACGGAUUAUUUGGGACAGUCCCUGUUUACAUCUACAUGUGGCUAUUUCUCAAUCCGAUUCUUAUGUCGUCUUAUCGAGUAAGUAGCGUUCUACUAACGCAAAUUGUUUAUAUACGUGAUCGGUUUUGCAGUUAGCGAGGUCACUUGUAAAUCUCGCGAUUUUCCUUAUAAUAUCUCUCUACUUGCAUUAUUAUAGUUUCAUGAUCAAUAAAUAUGUAGAAUAUUUCAACAGAGCAA